CAGAUUCUCCUUCCGUGCUAUUAAAGAUUCGACAAUGAUAAGGCUAAUAGAUAUGGCCAAGCUCAAGAGAAAAGUUAAAGGAAGUGGUAAAAAGCUUGCUCGUAUUGAUGAAUUGAAAAGAUAACCGUUUUUCGCGAUAUUAAGCCGCUUCUCUCGCUCCAAGAGCACAAGUAAUAAUGUCGAGUGUGAUAACUCCGUUGCAUGACUCUUGAACCCUAGUUACAAAAAGAUCGAUGUCAAUCCUUUACUACACAAUUUCGAGAUUGAUAUAUUGCUUUGAUUAUGUCGCGAAUGGUUCUUAUUGCAGCACGAUUCUGAAUCACUGGAGCAUGAAGGAGCCUUUUCCAGUUAAGGUUACACUGCGGAGUUCUGCACACGGGGAAUUGAUUUUAAGGGAGGAAUCUCUGAACGGAUUAAAAUAGGCUCGAUGGGAUUGUAUCCCCAGCAUCUAUACAAUGAAAGAUAACGAAUAU